UACCAAAAUCUCUCCAUAUAAGGCUGUUUACGUAAAUUCAUAAAUCCAUUCACCAGAAAUCCGGUAAAUAUGCCGGCUUAGCAUCUAUAUUGCCGCCACAUUUCAAGUGUUUGUUUUUAGUCUCAUCCAUUUCUGUAACAAACCAAAAAUCUAAAAUCCAAAAGCCAAAACUUUUAUCUCUGGACUCUAUUGUGUUGUUUGCUUGUUAAUUUUGUUGUUACUAUGAAGGAGAACGACUGUGAAAACAUGGUUUUUGAUCAUUCUUUGACGCUAAAAAAGCCAAAUUCAAGAAAAAUAAGUUCAAGAUAUCUCUCCCACACUUCAAAUCACUCAAUUCUUGAUACUGAGAAUCAGUCUCCACAAAACAUAGUGCCAAAACCAAGAUCAUCCACUGAUUCUAGAAAGCAUAAAAGCCUUGAGAAUUCAGGAUUAAUGGGAAAACUUUGGCCAUCUUCAAGUUCAACAAUCGACACUUUUGGAAAUCACUUAGGAAAUGAGAGGCUAAAAGACAUUGAAGAGCGCAAAAAUUGCAAAACUCCAAUGUUUCUUAGUAAGCAAAAGAGUUGCACGGAGUUUAGUAGAUUUGAGAAUGAAAAAGAAAGCACAAAAGAAAAAAGAAAAUCAUUUUUUGGUGGAUCAAUGAGGUACACUGGAAAACUCAAAUUUCCAGGGAGAUUUUCAACUUCUUCAAAGUCUUCAAAUUUAUUAGAAGAUUAUAGUGAUCAUAUUGUCCCGGGAAGACUUUCUGUCGAUGAGAACUCCCUUCGACGAAGAUCUAAUUCUGCACGAAUUAGAUCAGAUAUUUUAUCAGACUUGGAACAUGAAUCUGAAUAUAGUGACAUUGAUUCAAACAACAGCUUGGAUUCUCCUGUUAUUCGGAGAAACUUAGCACCAUCUUAUAUGGCACCAACAAUGAGUUCAAGAAAAGCUGGAAUUGAAGUUCCUUCAAAGUAUAUGCAAGAUUCAUCAUCAAAAUGGUCGCGAAGAUGGAGUGCAGAUUCUAGUGUUCAGAAGCCAGUUUCAUCAGACAGUUCUCCAAAAUUAGGACUCAAAUUCAAGAAUCCAAUUCAAAGGAUUGGUUCACUUAACAGUAAAACUUCUAAGUGGACUCUGUCUCCUGGAAGGCCAAACUCUCCUCCUAUGUUGAUAGAAAACAAAGGGACAUUUAUGUUAAAUAUGAAACCUCCGACGAGUCCUUCUAGGGGGAAAAAAGUCGGGAAUUUUCUUAGUAUGGGGCUUGAAUUGUUCAAAGGUAAGAAAUUUUCUUCUGUUGCAGCAUCUCCUCUUCGGCCAGGCAUGGCCGAGAGCGUUCAUCAGCUAAGGAUGCUUCAUAAUAGAUUGAUGCAGUGGAGAUAUGUAAAGGCUAAAGCUGAUAUUGUCAAUCAAAAUAUAAGUAAACAGGCUGAGGCAAACUUAGUAUAUGCUUGGGGUGGUCUAAUAAAAUUGAGACAAUCUGUGGUACAAAAGAAGUUGCAGCUACAGAGGCAAAAACUGGACAUGAAAUUGAGUUUUAUUCUUCAUGCUCAAAUUAAGUUACUAGAAGCAUGGGAUUCUAUGGAAAGGCAACACUCUUCAUCAGUGUCAAAAUCCAUAGACGGUUUACAGUCUGCAGUUUGUAGGGUACCUCUUAUUGAAGGAGCAACGGUGGAACCACAAUCGGCUAUUAUUACUCUUCAACAUGCCUCAGAUGUAUCUUCAUCGAUCGAGAAGAUAUUAUCCACUUUCUCAUCAGGAGCUGAGAAAAUUGCUGAAGUACUCAAGGAAAUGGCAGAGGUAGCUGUACAAGAGAAGUUGCUAUUAGAAGAAUUCUUGGAGCUUUUCAAAAAUAUUUCUGCACUUGAGAGUCAAGAAAGGAGUUUAAAAUGCAGCAUUAUGCAAUUAAGAUUGCAACAAGAACAGUACUGCAAAAAAGAGAAGAAUAUGGUAUCUGCUUAGUCAUUUGAUCUCAGCAAACAAAUGCUCAAGGUUUUAACGCAUUCUCCUUUCUGGACGUGCAUUAUUAUGUUACUUUUUUCAUUGUAUAUUAGUGACAUACGCCGAAUUUAGUACAAGCGUGAAAAUAGUGGCACAACAAACGUUUAAAUAAUUCAUGUAUAUAAGCAUUUUUACCCCUUGGGCGGCCCUCUACCCAGACCCUGUGUUUUGUUAAUUGUAGCAAAAUGACGUUAUU